UUCUUGUCAUGUUUAUGUCAAAUUGAACUCAACUUUUCGCAUUUUUCGCUCCGAAUCGUAUAAACUAUUGUCGUCGUUUAGGUCUAAUUAAAAUAUCUACGGUGUUUGUAGAGUGUUUAUUUUGCAAGACAUUCCAAAUUUUAGAAUAAAUCAUGGGAAAGAGACGGAGAUCCCGAAAAUCUUCUGUGAGUUCUCAAUUGAUUGAUGUUUCCGAGAUUGCCAAGCAGGUACCUACAAAUAAAACCAAUGUAGAGAAAAGAGAUACGGAUUCAACAGAAAUCCAAACAUACAAUGUUGUGACUACAAAUAUCGAGGAAAUAAAUAAUGAAUCGUUUGUUCUCGAUUGCGAAAAUUCAGUGAAUGUUGUUCCUGCAGCUCUAAUUGAAGUUAAUAAUAAUACAACGGAAUUGGUCGAUAAAAAUUCGGCUGAAGUUAGCAAUGACUGCAUACUUACAGGGCAUCAAAAGAAAGGCAAAGAAAAUACUGAAAGUUCUCAGGAAAAGCGAGAUUUAUUUAAAAAUCUUCUAAAAUUUCUGAAAAAAUCCAUCGAAAAGGCUACGAACUUUGUUGAUGAUCAAGCUUUCGUGGAUGUGUUCAAAAAGAAGCAGCUUCACAAUCUCUGCCGAGAAGCUGCUAAAUUGCACAAAACAAGCUCAUUGAGACCUCUUCCCUUCGAUAAAAUGGACUUUACCGUCGCAAUUCUAAACAAAAUCAUAAGCCAUGGAAAUGGAAUCGUGGUCUCAAAUUCUCAGGACAAUUGUUAUGAUUUGAGCAGCAAAUCAGAUCCGGUAUUUAAAGGGGUUUAUGCUUGUUUGCUGCAAUUGUACAUUUGGACGUCACCAGGCAUCGACAAAAAACUCAUUAACGAUGAAGGCAUUGAGAAUGUUACAUUAUUUUUGAAACUUUGUCUCGACAAUGUUGUUUUUCCGGCAUAUAAUAUGAAUUCAGGUUCUAAUGGAGGCUCAAUGAAGAAAAAUGUCGGAAAUAAAAAAGCAAAUGAAGUUGAUAAAAUAACACUACAGCUAUAUAACGAUCUUACAGAAGCAGUCCAGCUUCUAGAACUCUUACUCAGAGAUCAAACUCUGACUGACACACACAUUCUCAGGAUAAACUCGUUCAGUAUUCCAGCAUUUUUCGUGAAAAACAUUGGAAGUAUCCAACUCGCCCUGCUGAAACUUGUCGAAUGUGUAUUCAGCAAGUACAAAAAACUCAGGAAAGUAAUGCUAGAUGAUCUUAUUUCUUGUAUGGAAAAAGCAGCAGGCGAUCUCAAACAAUAUGAAAGCUAUAAACUGGAGAGUGGUGGAAAAAUUCAAAUGUUGACAGCUCUCCUGAUGAAGAUGGUACAGAGUGUCGUUCACUUUCCGCUGAGUUUGCUGGAACAAAACGAGGUUGACGUAAAAGUGGUGGCUGAAGAGAAGAUAGGUGAGGCACGUAAUGCGGCCAUCCACUUCAUGCAGAGUCUGUUGAGAAUGUGCUGCGAAAAUAGCAAUGAAGGAUUUAGGGGUGCUGUUGUCAGCCUUGUGCAAGAUCUGCUUUCGGCUGUUGAUAGACCCGAGUGGCCAGUUUCCGAAAUUAUGCUUCAUAUGUUUCUAUUUGUUCUGUUUGAAAAUCACCAUGCAAGUCAUCAAAAGAGGCUAUUGUCAUUGGAGUUUUUGACAGCAGUGUAUUCGGCUCUUCAGGAAAAAUCGAAAAAACAUCAAGAAAAUGAGCAUAAAAUUGAUCAACUCUUUGAAAAUAUGCAACGGGAAGAUGAACCUGAUGAGAAGUGUAGAAAGAUUGAACUCGAAGAUUCGAAGAAAGUUGAACUCCUGCAAAAUGCCUUGUUGGACUUCAUCCUUCGUAGAGAAGACGUGGAACCAGCAUUAUUACAUGCAAGACAUCUACAUUUGGCGCACUGGUAUAUUGAGAGGACGAAGACGCUCCUCAAUAAUAGCGAAAAACCAGUGGAGAAACCCGUGGAUAAGAGAAGAAGUAGUUCCGGCCAAGCUAAGAAAACGCCCAAAGGAAAAUCGCCUGCAAAGUCAUCAACCAGUGGCAACAAAUCCACGUUGUCACAAAACAAUUCGAAUAUGAAAAUGUUACUGAACAAAUUUCAUGACAAACCAGUUAUUAAUAUGAAUUCACACCAUGUAGAAGAUGAAGAUACCAGAUUAUUUAUUGACGUUGGUAUGGCUCAGUUGAUAACUCAUAGCUUUCUAUCAAAGCGAUCGCUGCAUCUUAACUUCAACUCCUAUUUGACAUUGUUGCUGAGUGGAUUGAAGGACACCUCGACACCGGUUCGUUUGAAAGCAAUGCGCUGUCUCUCGCAUUUGAUAGUGGUUGCACCAGACGUGCUAUCAAUGAAGAAUGUCGAGGCGGCUGUCAAGGCUGCAGUCUACGACCAAUCCAUUGCAAUCCGAGAAAGUGCUAUCGACAUCAUCAGUAAAAUUGUUCUCAAAAAGUCCAACAUGGAUGAUUGCCAUAUCACAUUGUUGUCGGAAAGGAUAUUGGAUACUGGAGUAAGCGUGAGGAAAAAAGUGAUUAAAACACUUGGAGAUCUCUGUUUGAAGUUCCCUGCGUCUCAGAAAACGCCUGAAAUUGCUGCAAAAAUAAUGAAAAGAAUUAGUGAUGAACCAGGUGUUCAUAACAUGGUUUUGGAAUUUUUCUACAAACUGUGGUUUCUGCCAAUCGAUUCGGACGCAGAGCCGGAGUUGGCAAACCGUCGGAUAUCGUCCAUUGUCAAUGUCAUGAAUCUCUGCAUGGCAGCUGGACUCGAUUCAUUUGAAACUCUCUUAACAAGUUUGAUGAAUCCGAACGAUGACGUUUGUGACAGACGAGGCAUGAAGAAUAUCUCGGCCGAUGAGAUCUUCGAAGUUAGCCAGAAAAUAGUGGAUGGGUUGGUGAGGAAAAUGCUCGAUGAAAGUGCCACACCCUUCUUCUCGCCCCAGAUGGCUUCCGUCUUCUUAUUCGCCAAACUCAAACCGAAACUGGUUGUUCGACACAUUGACAGCCUUCACAAAUUGCUGCAUUUCACUCAUCAGACUGCCAAUACUCAGUUGAUAAUUUAUAACCUGCGCACUAUUGAAUUGGCAAUUCCAUUACUCAAACAUGCCAAUCAAAACAUGAUGCGGGGUCUUGAAUCCAACUUUGAGAAGAUAAUUAUUAGUCAAGAAAGAACAGUCAUUCAAAGCUGCAUUUCUUGUAUGAAAAUGUUCACCGAAAAACUGUCGCAAAAUUUUGAGUUCGUUGCUCAUUUGAUGAAAAAAUAUUAUGAUUUUUUAAUAAAUUACUCUACUCACAUAGAAAAAUUACUUGCAGACAAUGAAGAUGAUACCCUUGCAAGUGUGGCCAAAAAUCAAUUCAGAAAAAAAACCUGUAAGAGAGCAUUUUUCGUUGUGGGGCUCUUGAUGCGCUACUUCAACUUUUGUGACAAGCAAGUGUGUUGUAAUAUUCUACCAAUGACAAUUACUGAUGACAUAGUUUGUGUUUUGGACAAGUUCUGUCGAGUGGAGGAUGGUGAAUUGAAAUUGUACGCAGUUAUGGCAAUGGGCAAUGUGUGUGUUCGAUACUGCAAGCUAAUGUUUAAAGAUGGCCUCAAAGGCUUGUACUGUAAUUUCCUUUCAAAUGCUGAAGUCGCGACUGAAUUGAAAGUUCAGGAAAAUUGCCAAUCAGUCAUCGAUGAGGAUCUCUCAAUUUAUAAGUACUGGUAUGAAAUUAUUGCCGGGAAUUUGCAUGUAGUGCAAUCUGUAUUGGUUGUGGAGUUAGCCUCUCAUAAUGUGUUAAUUUGUUGGUUUCGGCUGCUCAAAACUAAUCACAGUUCCAUCUCCUUACACCUUGCUUCAUUUAAUAUCUCCACUUAUAUGUUUAUAUUUGAACUCUUACGGGUAGGCCUAUAGUUUAACCUGAGGUUUUCUUCAUUACAUCAUGACGUGUAUUUAAGCAAUUGAAAUGUUUUCCAUUAUUCUGUAAAUGAGGUUAUCUUUGUUGUAAUUUUCUAAACUUUAUGGCGAAUAAUUUUUACUUUUUUCUUGCUUGAAUAGUCUACUGACACUAUUUAUAUGCUAAAGUUUAUUUUUUAAAUUGCUAUCAAAUCAGUGAUGACUUACAAUUAUUGUAUUAUUGCAUCACAUACAUCAAUACUAUUAAAAGGUCUUUUAUCUAUUUAUUUUUCAUAACAUUCAAACAUCUUCUAAGAUUCACUAAUUUAUGCGCAGUCAAAAAUAUUGGACAAAAUCUAUCAUCAUAACUCACACUAAUUACCCUAAUCACACUAGAAGCCGAGUCUAUUUCUCUGAAUUUUGCACUGAUUUGACGUAAUGUUGCACCUUUAAUCCUCACAUUCACUUCUUUGAGAGAGAAUAUUUAAUAUUCGAUUCUCUACCAUUUUGAAACUAUGAAUUGAAUCUUGUAAACUGAAAAACACUUUUCAAGCGGUUGUGGAACUCAUAGGUAGCCGUGUGAGCUACGAAAUAUUAAAAAGUUUAGCAUCUUGCAUCUUCAAGUCUGUUAGAAAGCAUGAAAACAGCACGCACAUGCACUUUUUAUGUUAUGUUCUAUGUAUUUAUCUGUUGUUUAUAUACUUUGAGAGUAGGCUUGUUAUUGAUGCCUGCUUCAAUUCUGCUUUUGUACAUAUACAGAUGUACCUAUAUUUAUGUAAAAAGGUAGCUUAUGGAAAAUUAUUGAACACCAUUUUUCACUAGAAUGUGUUAUUAUUUUGUUGUGGUUUCAUCUUCUUUAAACUUGUUAACAGUUUGUAUGUAAGUUGAACUUAUUUAAAUAAUAUUAAUGUGAUGACUCUUGUUAAUUCUUACUCAGGUGUUGCAGAACUUGACGAUAUUUUUAGAAUAUGAUCGUGAAAGAAAAAUGGCGCAAUUUAUUGAAUGUAAGUAGUUGAAAAUUCUUCAUGGUUUUUUCGACUGGAAUUUACACAUUAUACUUUAUCAAAGGGUGGAACUACAGUUUCAUUUUUAAUUUACCGCUGUUGAAUUAAGAAAGCUCAUGUUAUUGGCCGAGCGAAGUGAGGUCUAAGAUUCAAGUCGACGGUUUGG